GCGCACGAACGUGAGUCGCUGCUCGCUGCGCUCUGCAGCUGAUGCGGCUCGCUGUGCCAUCCGUCGCCGCCGCCGCAGCCGUCGUCCGCGUUGUUGUGUCCCGCCGAGGGAAAAUGCGACGAUUGCGACGCGCCGCGAUCCGAUUCCGACGUCGGCCCCGUUGAUCGCGUGUGUCUCGUGUGUCUACGCGAACAAGAGACUUGGACCGCCGGGCGGCCUCCCGGAAGAGAAAAUUCGCCAGGGAGCGUCCCCUCUGCCCCCUCGUCGCGAGGAAGAUCCGCCGCCGAGAGAGUUUCCGUCGGUCCGAUGCGGCGCGCGGAAUUCGAUGUAGCGCGCGCGAGUCCGCUCCCUCCGCUCGUGCGGACGACGGAUCGCGUGGAGCGGAGGUAGACAAAGGGGCCGACGACGCGAGCGCGCGCGCGCGCGCCGAGCGUCCCGGCGCAUUUAUUUAUAUAAGCGUCCGCGAGACAUGCGGCCGCUGCCACCGUAGGGAGACGCGGCGUCGCCUCGGCACGGACGAUCCGCGUUCCCGUGGGUUACCCCGUUCCGCGAGGAACUCGGAAUCGAUCCGGCGCUUCGCGUCGCGUCGCGGCCCGGGGUUGCCCGUCGCAAUUCCGCGACAUGGUUGCGUUUGCCACCGCGAGUCGUCCGUCUCUCUCCCCCGUGUCCGGCGAGGGUGACGCGUUGACGCGACAUGCGACGUGAUCGUUGGGUCCCUCAGGAUUUCCAAGGAGGCACGACGGGACGCGCUUCGGAUAGAGCGGCGGCCGGAGCAUAAUAGCCAUUAUGGAGGCGUUGCGUUUGGCUAUACAGACGCGGCUUGGGGAGAGGAUGGUCAGCAUGAGCUCCAUGCUCGUAGAGACAGUCAGUAUAAAUUAUGAAGAUUUCAACGAGAGUUUUUUAACCUGCGGCACCUGUCUCUGUGUUUACGAUGGCAGCGAGCAUACACCUAAAUUACUACCAUGUUCACACACGGUAUGUUUACAUUGUUUAACAAGGAUCGCUGCGUCCCAAACACGAGAGACAGGAGCGUUUAGAUGCCCCAUUUGUAGAGAAUUAAUCACUAUUCCUCGUGGAGGGGUACCUGCACUGCCCCCGAGUUUUCUCGUCAACCAACUGCUGGACCUCAUGUCUCGGCAGAGACGAGAGGUCAUCCCAAAGUGUUCAGUUCAUAUAAAUCAGGAAUUAUUAUUUUGCGAAACAUGUGAUACCGUGUUCUGUACAGUGUGUACCGGUGGGACACACGCGGGGACGUCGCCUGGAUGCACAGAACAUACAAUCAUCCCCUUUAGCAUUGCGAUAAAACGAAUGUCCGAAAUAUUGCUUUACAAAGCUAACGAGUGUAUAUCCAAGUUAACACAGGCACAGGAUUCUGUAAGCACGGAGUUGCACCGUUUGGAGGCGUCUACGGAAAAGUGUUUGAGCGCGGUGGACACGGAGUUUGCGGAGAUCAUCGCCAAGAUAGAGAAACGUCGGACGGAGCUGCAAGCCGCCGUAACUGCCGCCGCUCGUGACAAGAAGCACGUGCUUGAGGAGCAACAUUCUCUUAUUGAGGCGGAGAAAACCAAAGUGGAGCAAGAAUGCGAAGGAUUGCAAUAUCAGGUCGAGGUCCGGAAUAUUACCCAACGCAUUAACAGCCUGUCUGAUCAGCUGGACGCAGCGACCGCUCUCAGCGAGCCCAAGGAGAACGCUUUUAUCACGUUCGAGUUUAAUCACAACGACGCUCUCUCCCAAUUGGAGCAGGCGCUGAGCAACUUAGGACGAGUACGUUCCAGUACAACAUUGCCAGGUUUGUGUCGAGCGAGAUUGAAAGACCUGGCGAUAGUGAAGCUGCAGACAAUCGUCAUUGUCGAAACGGUGGAUUAUCACGGUCAUCCCCGGAACGUCGGCGGUGAUCUUAUUAGCGCCGAAUUGACGCUCGCAGACAACAUGCACGCGGAACAUCAGAACGCUCCCAUCGAGACGGAAGUAAAAGACCUGGAGAAUGGAACUUAUGAGAUUUACUUCCGGCCACCGACCGCGAGUAGAUACGUUUUGAAGGUGUCGGUGUUUGAACGACCUAUAAAGGAUUAUCCGCUAUUUUUCGACGCGACUGAGCACAAUGAACCUACUAAAAUAUAUGGAAGACGUGGCAACGGGAAAGAUGAGUUCCACCAGCCAGUUUCGGUUGCGGUGGACGACGAAGGGAUGAUUUAUAUUUUGGAUACUGGAAAUUCUCGUAUUAAGGUACUCAAUUGUGAUUUGGAGUUUCAAAGGCAUAUAAACAAUGAUGGCUUGGAGGGCCGCAGUUGUACGGGAAUAGGUAUUUCUCAACAAGGUCUCGUGGUCGUAAAUUGGCGGACGCGAAAGAUCACGGAAAUGACUUCGUUGGGUGAUACGAUCCGAUCUUUCACGCACAACGCGUUUCAAGAGCCCAUAGACAUUGCAGUGGACAAGAGUUACGGCCACAUACUUGUCGCUGACAACGGUCAGAGCUGUGUAUUCGUGUUCGAUUCGGAUGGCAAGAUAUUAUUCCAGGUCGGUAAGAGAGGCACGUUCAAGCUAAUCAGUUCUGUAACUGUCGGUCCGGCCGGUGAGAUUUUAGUUGCCGAUAGCAGAAUUCAAGUCUUCUCCGCGAAGGGAGAUUUCUCCGAGGAAGUAUAUUCCGAAGGCAAAGGAAAAGGUAUCUACGGAGGAAUAGCCGUGGACGCGGAGGGCAAAAUAAUCGGCACUCGUACGGACAAGGGUCGUAGCAUAAUACAAGUACUAAAGCUAGGCGGAGGUAAUAUUUUAACCGAGAUCGACUCGCACAGCUCGAAAUUGCGACGCCCCUCGGGCAUAGCGGUGCUGCCAGAUAAUCACCUCGUGGUAGUGGACUUGGGCAAUGAUUGUAUAAAGAAGUACAGGUACUGGUAAAAAAAAAACAGUCAUUGUUUGUUUAAGCAUAAAAAUUCAAAUUCGCAAGCCAGAGGAAAGCUCAGAGGUACCAAAAGUCAAUCAUAAUUUAGAAUUAUUUAAUCAGGUUUUUGUGAAACUUGUAACAUCACAUAUUGCGAAUGUAAUGCCUAUGUUUUUAUAAAUUUUUAUAUAUAGUUUAUAAAUUAGUAUAAGACGUGGGAUAAAAUAGUCAUGUCGAAGGUAAACCUGACAUUACUAUUACUAUUCGGUUUGCAAUAUGUAGCAUUAUAUAUUACAAUUUGUAUUUUGCCUUCAGCUGUGUUUUAUGUAUUUAAUUUUUUACGUUCGGCGCUGCUUUCUCUCGUUUCCCGCAUAUCUGUGGGUAUACAAAAAUUUUUACCGUUUCAAACAAGUCAUGCGAAAUGCUCAGUACUUAUUGUAUGUAUACCUUUUUUAUUUGAUAUAAUUUUUUAAGUCAUUGCGAUUAAUAUUUAAUCGUUUGAAUGCAAAAAAAGCAACUCUGUUGUUGCUGACUAAUCUAGAUACAUCGGUGGAUGAUAAUCCUUUCCUAACUUUGCCAAAUUAAGCUUGAAAGUUGUUUAUCUUGCUUCACAUGUCAAACAUGCAUCUACAUAUGACAAUCACAAUCAUAUUAGAUCAUACAUUGAAUAAUAAGAAAUUCAUAUCCCAAUGUUCUUGAUUUGCACAAGCUCGCUUAAAGUAAAACUGAAUUAAAAUUCGGUACAUAAUAUACGUAACUACGUAAAUAUUCAUCUCGUGAGACAUAAAAAAUUCUAAAACUUGAAUUGCUAAAAAUAAGGAAAGGUAAAUCUGUAUUAUUUUAGAUAAAACUGGUUUUUAAGUAACAUUUUAACAAUCGGUUUAAAUACUACAAUAUUAUUUUUAUAUUAAAUUUAGGCGGGUAAAACUGGAGGAGACUAUCUCUGGUGCUCCUCUGAAUUUAUAUUUUCACACGAUACGUUCAAUUUUUUCUUAGCUUAGCGUUUUAGAAAUUCGUUAAGAUAAGAUAGAAGAAAUUACAUCGUAGCACUAAACUAUCAAGAUAAUCUGAACAACUUCUAGUCUUGAUUUGUUUCAAUAAGGAGAGCAUCAUUAUUCGCGGGUGUAUAAUGUUAUAUAAAAAAGUAUUAUAUAUAUUAUAUAUACACUGCCGUUCUAUAUUAUUUUAAAAUACAUCUCUUUCAUGAUAGAGUACAGGGCUUUGCAUCACAUCAAGCAUAUAUGAGUAGAUUGCUUGGAUAUAAUACUGUUGAGAUGAAAGAAAAUUUCUUUGAACUGUGAGCACCUUCAUUUUAACCAAAGUUUUUAACGUGGAAACGUUUUUCUUAAAUUCGAAACUGUUGAUGUUUCUGAAUCAUUUUGUUAUUCUGUACGCCAUGUUUUUUAAUUUAUAUUCUCUGUAAUAUGGAAAUCGUAGUUUUCAUAUUUUUUGCUCCUUUUUAUUUUACUGUGUAAACUUUGCAGCAUUUAUUACCCGGAAAGGUUUCUUGUGUUCCUAACAAGCAAGAAAUUCGGGUAAUUUAUUUUGGCACUACGUGAUUUGUUCUUUUUUUAUUAAUAAAAAACAAAUUAUAAGUAAUGUAAGAUAGCUAUGCAAAUAACUAGAAAUACGAUAAGAAUUGUAUAUAUAUUUUUUCAGUAUUAUUAUACAUUUUGAUAGAAUUGGCGACGCGAUUUAUUUAUCUAGAGAUAUUUUCCAAAUUUCGUGAGAGACACGCGAUUCUCUCGACAAUGAUGUACUUUUUUGAAGGCCUACAGUAUCGUUCGUCGUAACGGAAUUUGUUGUUAAAAAAAGACGAUCCAGAUUUUUCGUCGCUCUUACAAAUUUCACCCGAGUGUGCAAAUGAUUUCCAUCGUUGAGACACGUCUCGUAACGUGUACGUUCAAGUUGCUCUGGACAAAUUACAUAAGCAGUAGGAUUCGCGCGAUCACUCGUGUAUCCGGAAAUACUUAACGCCCGUCUGGAGAUCGCGGCUACAAUCGAUGAAAUGUUAGCUAAAUAUCACCAUGAUGCAUAUCUACUUAUUCCUCGAUACUUACUUCUUGACACCGAGAGUGAUAAACUUACACGCGUACGGCUUACAAGUUUCCAUUUCUUUACAGCGGGAAAAUAUUUUUUCACGUAACUAACUUGUAUAUCUCUGUGUAAGAAUCGAUUCUUAAAGUAAUUAGCUCUAACACCCUUAUGCCAUUUUAUCUUUUACGUGACUUAUGCUAGUUACAUUUUUUUUUUUAGAAUCAUUUGCCAUGUUAAUAUCGACACGAGUAAUCCUUGUAAAAACCUUUCUUAGGACAAAUGCGGAGCUAUGCGUAGAACAUAUAUGGCAUGCGAUUUAAAUUCAACGAAAGUGUAAAUGAUGACUUUUGCGGUUUAUAUUUUUGCGACGAACGCGCAAGAUCUUUCAGCGACCUCCUAUUUUUUUUUCGGACUGUAUCGUAGCGAUACGACAUUCCUCGUGAACUGCUUCGCAGAGUGAUCUACCAUAGGCUACAUUUAAUAUAAAUUGUCGCAUAUUGCUUGUAUAUGUACGUACGAAUACGACGAGUCACCAUAAAACGCAUUAACACGUUAGUCCUUAGCGGAAAGCAUAACAGUGCCUUUAUUGAGAAGAUGCCACCGUACGGUUUAUAUCUCAUGACGAUUGAUUGAUAUAUAAAUAUAUUUCUUCUGUUCAAACCGACAAGUCACGCCGAUGCGCUUAACACUUGGAACGUCACUUGAUUGUAAUCGUACGUGAUUCGUACAUUUCCUUGGGAAUCGUGGCGUUUGAGUAGAAAAACGUAUUCCUCACUUAUGUCAAUUUCUACCAAUGUAGAUUAACUUUGGUCUCGGUUUAACUUGUUUUUUUUAAAUCGUUUUCUAGUUCUAAGGCCCGGUUUCGUCAACAUCGCUUAACU